UACAGAGUGUCUCUCACCUUUUCUUUCGUCUCUUUCUCCAUCGCUGCUUCAAAGACCAAGAAGGUCCUCUUCCUUCUUGCCUCUUCGAAAAACCCAGAAAAUUUAUAAUAAAAAAACAGAGAGAAACAUCCUCGGGACGUGCGUUUCAGUUCUAGUGUACCCAUCAAAAGUUUUGGAUUUCUUAGCUUGCUUGGUCUGUGAAGACAGAGAGAACAAGAAAUGAAGGUUGAUUUUGCAGGAGGUGGCGUGGGAACAGCAUUCAACGAGCUGUUCACGGCCGUUAAGGAGAUAGUGCAAACCGUCCGAGCGUUUGGUCCCCAGCUCAAGAAGAUCGAAAACACCUUGCGCAAAAUAGAACCAAUCAUCAAGGAAUGGGACGAGUUCAACAAACGGCUGGACCGUAAUCCGACAGAGAUGGAUCCGAUCAAGGACCUAUUGGAUAGAGGCAAAGGACUGAUCGAGAGGUGCAAAAGGAUCCGCCGGCUCCACGUGUGCAAGAAGUAUAUGCACUCCAAGAAGCUGAAGGCAUUCAAUGCGGAAUUAUUGGGUGAUUUCAAGCUUUACAUCCAACUGCUGGAUGCAAGAAACAACGGCGAGAUGUUGUGGGAAGUGAAGGAGAUCAAGAUGGAAGUCAAGCAAGUCAAGGAGUUGAUCUGCCCCGGUCAAGUGAACGGUGUUGCCCUCCAGAGCGGACUCGGGGCUGCGGGCAACCUCGCGGUCCCUGAUGCGCCUGAUUUCAUUGUUGGGUCAGUGGUGGAGACGUCUUUGAGGAAGCUCAGGGAGCAGUUGCUGGAGGAGGGAGUGUCUGUGAUUGUUGUGACCGCUCCAGGUGGGUGCGGGAAGACGACCCUGCUUAAGAAAUUGUGUCAUGACAAGGAUGUUGAAGGCAAAUUCAACAACAUCAUGUUUGUCCCUGUCUCGAAGAAGCCCACCCUGACAGACAUUGUCCAGAAAAUGUUUCAACAUAAUGGUCUCAAGGUUCCUGAGAUUGUAACGGAAGAUGAUGCAGUUCAUUACAUGCAGCAACUGCUCAUAGAUAUAGGCCAAAGUCCUGUGUUGCUUGUGCUGGACGAUGUCUGGACUGACUCGCAAUCCAUAAUCGAGAAAUUUGUCUUCAAGAAGAUAAAACAUUACAAGAUUGUGGUGACAUCAAGAUAUGAAUUUCCUCAUGUUGGUCUUGUGCAUCACCUGAACCCACUGCCUCAUGGGGAAGCCUUGGAACUUUUUCGUCAAUCUGUUGCUGUUGAUGGUAGAAGCUUGGUUGCACCAGAUGAUGAUAUCUGGGAUAAGAUAGUGAAUCGCUGCAAGGGAUUGCCGUUGGCUCUUACAGUCGUUGCCAAGUCUCUCCGAGGAAAGGAUCGUUCGUUCUGGGAAACAAAGCUUCUUAAUUUGUCCCGUUUGGGUUUGGACAGUGACAUUCUAGAUUGCCUCAGAAAGAGCUUGGAUGACUUGGAUGGUGACCCUUUGAUCAAGGAGCAUUUCAUGGACCUCGGCUCAUUUCCAGAGGAUCGCAAGAUCCCCGCCACUGCCCUUAUUGAUAUGUGGGUGGCGUUGUACGGGCAAGAUUUCAAUGAAAUGCAGGCUGUUAAUGACCUCCAUGAGCUCGUUUACAGGAACUUAGCUGAUCUCGUAAUCACCAGGAGUGAUUCAAGUGAGGAGGAGGACAAAUGUUACAGCAGCCACUAUGCUACACAGCACGAUCUGCUUAGAGAGUUGGCUAUCAUGGAGUGCAACCAAGGGGAAGUAGAGAACAGAAAGAGACUCAUUCUGGACUUAACCAGAAAUAAUUUUCCCAAUUGGUGGAGUAAGCAAAAGCAACCGACUCUUGGUGCUCGUCUAGUGUCCAUCUCCACAGAUGGAAGAUUCUCAACACCUUGGCCAAAUCUUCAAUUACCUGAAGCCGAGGCUCUUGUCUUGAACAUCGAGACCAACCAAACCAAAACUUAUGCUUUGCCGGAAUUCAUUGAGAAAGCAGAUAAGCUCAAAGUCCUAAUAGUAACAAACUACAGUUUCUUUCCAGUUGAGCUAUGCAAUUUCCAUGUUGUUGGGUCCAGUUUAAGGAGGAUCAGGCUCGAACGCGUCACGGUUUCUUUCCAAAGCAUGGGAAAGCUACGCUUGGACAAUUUACAAAAGAUAUCCUUUUUCAUGUGUGACAUAGGGCAGGCUUCGACGUCGAUCGACGCCAAAAUCUCUUAUGCAAUGCCAAAAUUAGUGGAGCUCGACAUCGACUAUUGCAAUGAUCUCAUGACAAUACCGGAUAGCAUUUGUGAGAUAAAACCUUUGAAGAAGCUUAGCAUCACAAAUUGCCACAAUUUCUCUGCACUUCCUGAACAGCUUGGGCAAUCAACUUCCCUCGAAGUGGUUAGGCUUAAUUCAUGCACAAAUUUGUUGCAAUUACCAAACUUGAUUGGAACCCUUCAAAAACUGACGUCUCUCAAUAUAUCUGAUUGCCUAAACCUAAGCACUUUGCCGAAUCAAAUUGGUCAACUAGAUAAUCUCAAGAAGAUCAACAUAAGAGGAUGUUUGAGGUUGUCUGAGCUACCACGGUCAAUCGUGAGGUUGAGGAACUUGAAGAAGGUGAUUUGUGAUCAAGAAAGAGAAGACUUGUGGAAGCCUCUCAAGAAUAGUCUCAGUAGCUUGAAUAUAAUGGCAUUUGAAGAAGAGCCUAACUUAGAUUGGCUGUGUGAUUAAGAAGAGGGCUAUCAACCGAUGAUCUUUGAGCUUUUCCUAUAUGUUAAAGUGUUAGUCUUUGAACUCUUUUAUUUAUUGGUUUUUUUU